AUGGUGGAAGCCAUUGAGGAGAUCCCUGCUGGGACAGAAGAUGCUGGAAACGAGGAAGAGGAAGGAAAAGAACCUGCAGCAGACUCAGAAUCUGUAGACACGAAAGUUCCUGUGCACCAGCUCGUCCAGACCGAAUCCCCCCGGGAAGGAGCCGUGACCUGGAAGACAUAUCACACAUACAUUAAGGCUACUGGAGGGCACCUGCCUUCUCUCUUCACGCUGUCCCUCUUCUUCCUGAGGAUGGGCAGCUCCGCCUUCGGCAACUGGUGGCUGAGUCUCUGGUUACAUGAGGGCUCCCAGAUGACCUGUGGGCCCCAGGGCAGCAAGACCGUGUGUGAGGUUGGCGCGGUCCUGGUGGAUACGGGGCAGCACGGGUACCAGUCGGUGUACGCCGCGAGCGGGGUGUCCAUGCUGGUGUUUGCCGUCACCAAAGGCUGCACCUUCACCAGGGCCGCACUGAGGACGUCCUCCUCGCUGCACGGCCGAGUGUUUGACAAGAUCUUAAGGAGCCCGAUGAGCUUCUUUGACACGACUCCCACUGGCAGGUUAAUGAACCGUUUUUCCAAAGAUAUGGACAAGCUGGAUGUGAGGCUGCCGUUUCAUGCGGAGAACUUUCUGCAGCAGUUUUUUAUGGCGAUAUUUAUUCUCGUGGUGUUGGCUGCUGUGUUUCCUGCUGUCCUUCUGGUCGUGGCUGGCUUUGCUGUGGGCUUCCUCAUUCUUUUACGCGUUUUCCACAGAGGGGUCCGGGAGCUCAGGAAGGUGGAGAACAUCAGCCGGUCGCCGUGGUUCUCGCACAUCACCUCCUCCGUGCAGGGCCUGGGCGUCAUCCACACCUAUGACAAGUUGGAAGAGGGGUCCCCGCGCACUCCCUGGUAUCAGGUGCUGGUGCAGGGGAGUGGGGGAGGGGACCGGCGGGACACAGCCUCAGGUGACCACCUGCCCCCACACUCCUUCCCUGCCGUGAAGGUGACCUCCUGCCCCCCACACUCCUUCCCUGCCGUGAAGGUGACCUCCUGCCCCCCACACUCCCUCCCUGCCGUGAAGGUGACCUCCUGCCCCCCACACUCCCUCCCUGCUGUGAAGGUGACCUCCUGCCCCCCACACUCCCUCCCUGCCAUGAAGGUGACCACCUGCCCCCACACUCCCUCCCUGCCAGCAGGGGGCAGAGGCCAGUUCCGCAAGGCCGCUGAGGAGGGGCUGGCUCUGGACCGGGGUGCUCUCGUGUCGAGUGUGAGGUUUAAGAUGCUAAAUGACAAAAACUCCAGCCACCUCCUCUACUUUAACUGUGCUGUCAGGUGGCUGGCUCUCAGGAUGGAUUUCCUCAUGAAUGUCAUCACCUUCAUUGUGGCCUUGCUGGUGACCCUGAGUUUCUCCUCCAUCAGUGCUUCAUCCAAAGGCUUGUCAUUGUCUUACAUCAUCCAGCUCAGCGGGCUGCUCCAGGUCUGCAUCCGCACGGGGACGGAGACCCAGGCCAAGCUCAGCUCCGUGGAGCUGCCGAGGGAGCACAUCUCGACCUGUGUUCCUGAACGCACUCAUCCCCUCAGAGUGGGGACCUGUCCCAAGGACUGGCCCCGCCGUGGGGAGAUAACCUUCAGAGACUAUCGGAUGAGAUACAGAGACAACACCCCUCUUGUUCUCCAGGGGCUGAACUUGAACAUACAAAGUGGGCAGACAGUCGGGAUUGUCAGAAGGACAGGCUCUGGAAAGCCAUCGCUAGGAGCGGCCUUGUUCUUCCAUCUGGUGGAGCCAGCCGAUGGCACGAUCUCCAUUGAUGAGGUGGACGUCUGCACCAUCGGUUUGGAAGACCUCAGAACCAAGCUGACUGUGAUCCCCCAGGAUCCUGUCCUGUUUAUAAUGAAGCUUCCAGAAAAAUUACAGGCAGAAGUCACGGAAAAUGGAGAACACUUCUCAGUGGGGGAACGUCAGCUGCUUUGUAUGGCCCGAGCGCUUCUCCGUAAUUCAAAAAUCAUUCUCCUUGACGAAGCCACCUCCUCGGUGGACUCCAGGACAGACACGCUUGUCCAGGGCUGCAUCAAGGCUGCCUUCAGAGGCUGCACAGUGCUGCCCACCCACCGCCUACACACGGUGCUCGGCUGCGACCGCGUCCUGGUCACGGGGAGCGGGAAGGUGAUUGAGUUUGACAAGCCCGAAGUCCUUGCGGAGAAGCCAGGUUCGGCAUUUGCCAUGCUACUAGCGGCAGAAGCAGGAUUGCCAAGGUCCCUGCGGCUGGCUUUGGAGGAGCAGGAGGCUGUCUGUCCCCUGGCCGGGUCUGGGCAGGUGCUGCCGGACCAGAGGCGAGGCAAGCACACCUGGCCUCAGGUGGAGCUCCAGGCUGGCGAGUGUGUUAAAGCCCUGGCUCAGGCAGCUCGAUGCCACAUCCACAUGGCUCCGGAGCAGCUGUGCAGGCAGAGUGCGGUCACCACGUCGACAGUCAUCACCGAUGACUCCCCCGAUACGGCAGCCAGCUCUGGCAGUCCCUGCCAGCCGUGGGAAUCCGUGCCAGCCGAGCAGUGCGUGGGGGGACGAUGCUUCAUCUUCUACCAACUUGGCACCAGCCAGCCAAUCAGCCUGUGA